AUGGACGCACCAAUGAUUGAACUCAAGUCUGCCCUGGCUUCACUGUUUGAAUGCGGCAAAUACUCAGAUCUGACCAUUGUUUGUGGAGCCAAAAGAUACCAGGUGCACCGCCUACUCCUCGCAACCAGAUCCACCUUCUUCGAGGGCGCCUGUCGAGGCGGCUUCAGAGAGGCAGAGAGCGGGGUCAUUGACCUGAGCGAAGAUGACGCGGAAGCGGUAGAACACAUGAUCCACUACUUUUACCACAUGGACUACCUCAGCAGCAAGAAGCCACUCUCGCGCCGCUCCUCACAACGCUCCAACCGGCCUGCAUCGUCACGAUUCUCGCGGCCAAGCCAGCCCAAGAAACUCAACCUCGCCGCCAUCGAAGACCCGUUGCUGGCGCUUGUGGCCGCAGCCAACAGCGCAAUGCCAUCGACGCCUCCGCCAGAGGAGCAGCCGUCGCAGGGCGUCGACGCCUUCGCCAAGAUGCCGGCAUCGCCCAUGGCUGCGCAGUUUUUCGAGGAUGACGACGUCGAGAGCGUGCUCUCCGACACGGAGCUCGAUGUGGAGUCGACGCAUCUCGUCACACACGCAAAGGUGUACGCAAUCGCAGAGAAAUAUGGCAUUGCUGGCUUGAAAGCGCUUGCGCGUAGCAAGUUCAUCGAGCAAAUCGACCUGCACCUCGGCAGCUCAGAAUUCCCAGAGGCAUGCCAAGAGGCAUACGAGUCCACCUUCCACACGGACCGCGGCCUGCGCGACGUUAUCAUCCAGGCCUUCCGCGCCAACCCUGGCCUCUCGCUCCGGUCAGACGUCGAGAUGAUGGUGCGAGAGACGCCCGGCCUUGCUUUUGAGCUCUUUCGAAUGGCUAGCGGACUUCCCGUCUCCUCGUGA